UUUCAAAAACGUUCCAUAUCCCGCUCCCUCUGUCCGUCUCUCUCGCCCGAAAGAGCAAGCGCAUCGAUCUCCUCUUCUCAGAGAGAAUCUCGCUCUCUGGGAGCAAGAAAACCCAUCUCUCUCUUUCUUUCUCUCUUUCUCUGUGGGUGAAGGCCAAGGCUGAUCUGCUUGUUCAGUGAAGAGUCGUUCAAAAGCUGAUUCUUAUGAAGGCCUUGCGCGAGUCCAGUUAGAUUUUCGAUAGACAAAUUCUUGGUACUGAUGUUAUUCAAGUUGCACUGGUAACGAUCCUUGAGAAAUGGAAGCCGUUUGUAAAGAGCUGGAUGAAACCAAGGCCGCAAUGGCAAAGCUUAUGGAAGAAUAUAAAGCCAAAUCGAGCUUGGCUGAGAGUCUAAGGACAGCUCACGAUGGUCAACUUGCAAAGAUCCGUGAAAUGAAGCAGCAAAUAGAAAAUCAGGCCGAAGAACUAAGGGUGAAGAGUAUGGAAAUCAACGAUUCCAGAAAAUUAUAUGAAGAACUGAACUCUAGUUUCCAUGAGAAAGAGGUCUCUCUGAGACAAUUAAACUCCACAUAUGAACAUCUCCGGGAAAGUUACUCUGAAAAAUUGCGAAAAUGUGAAGAGGAAAAGAAAGAGCUAAUCUCUGCUUUGGAUGGUGCAACUGCAAAAUCUGAUGAUCAAGAGCAGAAGAUUCUAUUAUUCAAAAAGGAGAUUGAGGACCUCAAGCGGGCUUUGUCCAUUUCACAGACGAAGUGUUCUGAUGCAGUUGGAAAGGCCGAAACCAUGAUCACUGCAAUGAAGCAAAUGGAACUUGAUAUAGAGUCCAAGAAUGCCUGUCUCCUGGAAUGGUCUGAGAACAAGACAAAAUGUGAUAUUUUGAAGAUAAAGCUUGCCGGGAUGGAAGCAGAUCUUGCAAAGGAAAGCUCUCAAAGGAUAGCAGCACAAAACACUUUGAACGAGUUAAAACAAAGAGAUGGUGUUCUCCACAAGUAUGAGGAAGAAAACAGUAAUUUGAAGGAGCAGCUUAAGUGGAAGAAAGAGCAGUUUCUGCAUCUUGAAGAAGCUCACAAAAAACUUCAGGAUGAGUUUCAGGAUAAAACAUGUGAAUGGCAGGUAGAGAAAAAUGAACUUCUGGACGAGGUUGGGAAGCUGCAAAAUGAUAUGGACUCCCAAACAAGAAUGUUGGAUGAUACAAAGUCAAGAUUGCAGAUGUGUCAUCAAGCACUUGCUCAUGAAGAAAGCCGGAGAAAAUUGCUGGAAAUUAAGGUGAAUGAAUCACAGGUUGGCUAUGAAAACAUUGCAGCAGAGUUCCAGGAGGCUAGAUCCAUGAUUGAGAGCUUGACAAUGAACAGGGACGAAGAAAUAGCUGGCUUAAGAGGCUCACUGACAGAAAAGGAAACUCUUUUAAAGGAGAUGGAACAUAAACUAGUUCACCUUGAACAAGAAAAUCAGGAACUUCAGGUGAUGGUAAAUGAUCUCCAAAAGUCCCAAAUAGCUGAAGCUAGGAUGUCUGGUUCAGUAUCAAAACUGCAACAGAAAUUUAAAGCAUUGGAGCAGAUACACAAGGAGUGUUCAAAAAUCCUCGAAAAAAAAGAAGCAGAAUGGUCUUUAAAAGUAGACAAGCUGGUUGCACAUUUGGAUGAAUGUCAAGCUGAUUUACAGGGCAGGAACAAUCAGGUACGUGAUUUGCAGUUGGAACUGGAAAAUUGCCAUAGCUUGUUGUCUGGACUUCUUUCCCAAAAUGAGGAAUUUUCUGUGAUUCUGCUGGUGGUGAGAUCAGGAGUUCUGCAAACACAGUCAGAACUUGAUGCUUCAAGACUUCAGAUUGAACAUUAUGUCAGGAAGAAAGAACAGGAGAUCUCCAAUCUCAAGGAACUAGUGGCAGAGAAGGAAAGAGAGUUGGACAAUAUCCUAUCUGAGAUGGAAAACGCCAGAGCAAAUACAGACACCUUAUUGAUGAGAAUUGAGUCACUAGAUGCUCUUGAACAGCACUCCUCUACCUUGAAAAAGGAGCUUCAACAGCAUAAAGAAAUGCUUGAUGAAUCACUGAACCACCAGAGUCACCUAAAAGAACAAGCCAUGCAAAAAGAAAAUUCUCUGAAGCAAGACCUAAACAAUGCUGCAGAUGAACUAGAAAAAGCUCACAUUGAAUUAGCUGACAAAGCACGUAGAGAAUUGGAGAUGGCUUAUGAGUUACAGAGAUGGAAAUCUGUUGCUGAGCGAUUAACAGUUGCACAAGCAGAAACUGAAGAUCACAGACAAACAUAUCAGGCGCUAUUUCAAAGGCAAGAGAGAGAGACUGAAGUUCUCGUUCACAACAUAGAAGCAAGGUUUAAACAGGAAAAGGAAAACUACCUUCAAAUUAUUGAUUCCAAAAAUUUAGAAUUGGAGCAGUUCAAAGAAAAAGUGCCUCUCCUGGAACAGAGGUACGAGGAUGCAAUUAAUGUCUCCCUUAGAGAAAAGCAAUUCAAAGUUGAAAAACUUACUACUGAGCUGUUGAAUAGCCAGGUUAUCAUUGACAAGUUGUCUGCAAUUCAUAUUCUGGAUCAAGUUGAUGUUGAAAUGAAAGAUAGUUGGAUUAUGGAGCUAGAGGAACAAACUGGAAAUCUGAGAGAAGACCUUGAAUCUCAAAAAAGGUUGCACGCUGUCCUUCACAAACAGUGUGAGCUUCUAAAGGAAAAGUUGGAGUCUGUGGAGUCUUCUGAAUAUAAGUGGAAAGGAAUACUUAAGCAAAUGGAAGAAAGAAAUAAAAGCCUGAAGCAAAAACUAGAAUCAGAACAAAGAAGUUCGUUUGAAUUAAAGGAACAAGUCGAGGCACUUGAAUUGGAGAAACUGCAUGCUGGAGAGUUGCUGUCUGUACCAAAAGAACGAGUAGACCAAUUAAACUCUAGGUUGAGGUCCAUGGAAUUUACUAUGAAUGAGAAUAGUAACAUAAUUUCCAAACAAAGGGAAGAAAUUGAUGGUUUGUUGGUUAAGUUGCAAUCGGAAGGGAGUUCAUCAUCUGAAUUGAAGAAACAAAUUCAGCUUCUUGAAGAUGAACUAAACCAGAAAUUGAAUGCUGAGGAAGUGAUGAUAGCUUCGCACCAAGAACAGUUACUGCAGUUUGAUGCGAAACUAAGGUCAAUGGAAUCAAAUAAAAGCAUGGAUAAGGACUUAAUAUGUAAGCUGGAAAAACAAACUGAAGAUUUGCAACAGAAACUGGUACAGGAAGAGAGUCUUUCAAUAAAGCUGAGGGAAAGAAUCCAGGUGCUAGAAGAUGAGUUGGACCAGAAGUUACAUGCUGAAGACGAACUGCUUAGCCUGCAGCAGCAACAAAUAGAGCAAGCUAAUGCUAAAUUAAGAUCAAUGGAGGCUAGUAAAAGUGAAUUAAGCCAUACAGUUGACAAUUUAGAGGAAGAAAUUAAAGGCCUGAAGCAGGAACUUGUAUCGAAAGAAGCACUGGCAUCUGAAUUAAAGGAAAGGGUGGAGCUGCUUGAAGGAGAAUCAGAUACGAAGUUGCAUGCUGAGGAAGAGCGGCAAGCUUUUCUGCAAGAAGAGAAUAAUCUGCUUAAUUCUAAAGUACAAUCCAUGGAAACUGCUAAUAAUGAGUUGAACAAUGUCAUACUCAAAUUGAAAGCUGACCUUAGGCUCGCCACUGAGACAAAUCAGACGCAAGCUAUCCGGUUGAGGAAUUUUCAGGAGGAACUGACAAAUUUGAAUGAUACCAUUAGAACUUUGUCUGAUGAGAGAGACGAGAUGAAAAGAAGAAUGGCGUUCUUCACCAAAUUGCCAAAUCAAAUAGAUGAGGUUUUAUGCCAGGAUUUAAACCUCUUGAGCAGUUUCCAGUGCAUAAUGGAGGGUCUUGCAAUCAACGGAGAUGAGAAAGACGAAAUCGAACCACUUGCUUCUGUUUGUGCGCCGUUCUCAGAUAUCCAGGAGCAAACCGUCGCAGUCUUAAUAAGGCAAAACCAAAAACUUCUGGAGGAUUUGGACAAAUCAACUCCCAGGAAAGGGGCAUACAGGACGACAACUGAAGAAUCUCAGAGGCUAAUUUCUGCUUCUCAAAAAUAUGGAACUGACAGAAGUCUUGAGAGAUUACCACUGAAAGAAUUAAAUGGUUAGUUGCAGUAUGACGAAGUGGGCAAUUGUUUUGAGUUUCUGCUCUAUGAGCAAGCACGAAUCACCACUGGUGGAUGCCCUAGCAACUGGGGCAUUUUGCCGUCACUGAACUUGUUUCUAAGAAGCAAUAGAGCAAUGUAAAUUGCCAAUUCUUUCUGAGAAAUGCAUUUUGGCUUUAUUGUUGGUAAUUUGAUUUUGAUUUCUUUGA